AUGGUGCUGCCAUUAAUAUGGUUUGAAUUUGUUUCAGGAAUAAGGCCUCAUGCUGUUAAAAAAAGGACUCCUCGAGUCCCUGUUGCAUAUUCUAAUGAUCAAGAUAAUGGUAGAAAGUAUUCUCACCAGCCAGGCAAGAUAGCAUUGGCAUUGACUGAGGCCUCGCAUAGAGGUGGUUCUCCCUUAGUUUCUUGGAUGCCUAAGAGAAAGGCCAAAGGCACUACACCAUCACCUGUUCGGAAUGUUGAAAGGAUGUGUGCAGAAUCAGAAAUUACUAAUGCCGGGCUCCAUGGUUGUGAAAUGGAUGAGGGCGGUUGUGAAUUAAGCUUAGGUAGCACUGAAGCUGACAAUGAUUACUAUGACAGAAAUGAAAAGUAUGCAAUGGGUGGAGAAGGGACUGGUACUCUGGAAGUUCAGCAGAGAAGGAAGAGAUACUUUGUAAAGAAGAAAGAAGUUGACGAAAGUAAAAACAAACAUGUUGAGGACAUAAAAGAAGCUUGUAGUGGAACAGAGGAAGGACAGAAAUUAAGUGCUAUCAAAGGAAAACUUGAUACUAAAGUUGCGAAAAGUGCUAGGUCCUUCUACAAGGAUACAAGAAAGAAAAGUAAAAAAGCUCUGAUUGGAGGAGAUGAAGGCUCUCCCUUUGAUGCACUACAAACUCUGGCAGAUCUAUCCUUGAUGAUGCCUGAAGCUGUGAUACAGCUGUACUGUUUAGUACUCAUCAAUAGUUCUAGGGAGUCAUCUGCACAUGUCAAGGAAGACAAUUUCAAUAUUGCUAACAAGUCUAAACUGAAAGGAAGUCGUCCAAUUCCUGGGGUUGAACAUGCUGCUUUUAAAACAUCUAAACUGGGCAAACUCGGAGAGGGAGUUCAUCAGUCUAAUAGUGGGCUGCAAAAAGGAAAACAGAAGUCAUUGUCAUUUAAGAUAUAUAAUGAAGCUCAAACUGACUGCUAUGCGAGUGACAAUGAAAAGAUUGAGGCUACAGUUGAGGUGAAGAAGUCCGCGAGUAAAGGUAAACGAUCUUCACAUUAUACGACGCACCCAAAGCAAGGGAAAUUGGUGAAGAAGACUCUAUGGAAUGCAUCUUCUACUACUGAUCGUAAAAGGGAAGAAAACAAUUCAGGUUUAUCAACUGUACAAGUUCCAUCUGCAAACCCGGCCAACUUACCUACAAAAACUGGGGGUAAAUGGGAGAUGGACAUGCAGAAAUCAUCAAUGCAGAAGGAUACAAAGUCUCCUGAGAGUAUUUUAGAUGACCAACCUGAUAAACUAGUUCCUUCAUUUCGUAACAGAGAACUAAAUAUUAAGGAAAAGCUUUCUAAUUGCUUAUCUCGGUAUCAAGUGCGGAGAUGGUGUGCUUUUGAAUGGUUUUACAGUGCAAUUGAUUACCCAUGGUUUGCUAAAAGGGAGUUUGUGGAAUACUUGGAUCAUGUUGGAUGGGUCAUCUCCCUUGGCAGACCACGGAGAUUUUCUGAACAGUUUUUGAAGGAAGAAAAAGAGAAGCUUAAUCAGUACCGGGAAUCUGUUAGAACGCAUUAUGCUGAACUUAAUGCUGGUACAAGGGAGGGACUUCCGACUGACUUAGCUCGGCCCUUAUCAGUUGGACAGCAUGUCAUUGCUUUUCAUCCCAGGGCAAGAGAGAUCCACAAUGGAAUUGUACUAACCGUCGACCAUAGUAGGUGUUCUGUGCAGUUUGACCAGCCUGAACUAGGGGUUGAAUAUAUCAUGGAUGUUGAUUGCAUGCCUUUACAUCCCGCAGAAAAUUUACCUGCUUCUUUCAGAAAGCACAAUGUCACUGUCAACAAAUAUAUUGAGAACCUUAAGGAGCUCAAGAUUAAUGAACAACUGAAAGGAGGGACGACUAAAGGAUAUAUGAAGAUUUCCUCUAAUGACAAGCUGGUGAGCACUGCUGUUCCCUGUUAUAUUCUACCAUCAAAUCAUCGUAUCAAUAAAUCAUCAAAGCAGACAGGGGUGCCUGUCUGUCCUUUUAUUGGUAAUAUUAAUGUUCAAGCAUCUUCUUGUAGUAUCUGA